GGGCGGGCGAGAGGGAGAAGAUGAGGUAGCGUCCGGCCAGGCGGCGCUGCGGUUGGAGCCACCGCCUUCCUCACAUCGAGCAGUUGCCACCGCUCCCCAACAGGCCCCGGAGCCCGAGCGAGGGGGGCACCCGAGUCCGAGAGCAUAGUGACGCUGUUUAGCAACGUCACAGGAUGCGUGAAUACAAACUGGUUGUCCUUGGCUCAGGCGGUGUGGGAAAGUCUGCAUUGACUGUACAGUUUGUUCAGGGAAUAUUUGUUGAAAAGUAUGACCCAACAAUAGAAGACUCCUACAGAAAGCAAGUUGAAGUAGACUGCCAACAAUGUAUGCUUGAAAUCCUCGACACAGCAGGAACAGAGCAGUUCACAGCAAUGAGAGAUCUGUAUAUGAAGAAUGGCCAGGGAUUUGCACUAGUAUAUUCAAUAACUGCACAGUCAACGUUUAAUGACUUACAGGACCUGAGAGAACAGAUCUUGCGAGUCAAGGACACUGAAGAUGUUCCCAUGAUUCUGGUUGGCAAUAAGUGCGACUUGGAAGAUGAGCGAGUAGUGGGCAAAGAACAGGGCCAGAACCUAGCAAGACAAUGGAACAACUGUGCCUUUUUAGAGUCCUCUGCAAAGUCGAAGAUCAAUGUUAAUGAGAUCUUUUAUGACCUGGUCAGACAGAUCAAUAGGAAAGCGCCAGUGGAAAAGUCAAAAAAGAAGAAAUCCCAAUGUCUGCUGCUUUAAACUUCUGCUAUGCAGCAGGUCUGAGCCAGGUAUGAAGAACUGUUGCCUAAUUGGAAAGUGCCAGCAUUUCCAAUUUCAAAAGAAAUUAACAUAUCUGAAGAGGCUUCACCCGUUUUUAUAUCUUCAAUUUAAAAAGAUCUCCAGAAGACCGUUUGCACAUACUGUUCCUGAAAUUUGCCAUGUGCAUUGCUUGAACAGACAGUAUUUUCACCUUUUUGCAUAGUGGUUAUAACCAAUGUGGAUUUAAUGAUGAGUUAGUUGUAUGAUUAUACAAAAAGCAUGGACACAUUUCCAAUGUUGUAGAUGUUGCAAGUGAAAUUAAGAGUUGAUUACAUAUUGGCCUUUAUCAUUGCACCUCUUCUCCCUAUCAAGCACUAAUAGUUCAUUGAUGGUUUUUGACAUUAUUAGUCCAUAUUGUUCCUUGAUGGACUUAUCCCAGCAGUUAACAUCUACUUUUGGUCAUUGUGACUCCAUUUUAUAUUGGGAUGUUGCAGGAUCACCUUACUUUCACGAUACAAUUGUAUUCUAAUUAAAAUGUUUUGUGCAUAAUGCUUUGGAAAAUGGGGUCUUUUAUAGGAAAACUGUGGAAAGCUGAUUUCUAUGUCUCUUUAAAGCUGAAAUAUAUUAUACUAAACCAACUCUAAAUUGGCUUCCUGGGUCUCAUUUGUUUGCUUUUGAAUCUAAGUUUAAAAAAGUAUUUCAACCAGUGCGUUGUGUUGCAGAUUUGGCAGGAUGUUUCAUUCUGGGAAAUUCUGGCAUUAGUCUGCUGCAUACACUGUUAUACGUUCCUCCCUUCCCUUGUGCAACACGCAAUACCAGGCCUCUUUUCAGCUGCAAGCUUUGAACUUAGCAUGAGUUCAAAAAACAUCCUUGAGUGGAUGAAAUGCUAAAUGGAUCAGAAGUUUUACAUGUUGCUGAUGCAUGGUAUUUCUUGAACUAGUGAUGCUAUUAAAACUUCAGUGGUCUGUGAAAUUCCUGCUGUUAAGAUUUCUGGGACAAGUAAGCUCCUGUAGUUUUUCUUUUAGCUUAAGUUGUCUUGCUGAGUAGGAGUACUGAUACUUUGCUAACACAGAAGUAAUUUGAGAGCUACUUUCACAAUGUAGUGCCUUAUAUUUAUUUUUAAGUGUAUUUUUGCAAGCCUCUCGUACUGCCUAAUCUUCCAUUGAGUAACUGGCUCACAUUACUACCCAUCUCAAUUUUAAAAUCUAACAUUAUUUUCAAGCAAGGCCUUUCCACCAUGGCUGCAAUAACCUGGCCUGUUCUAGUCUGAUCCUUUAGGAUCUCUACUCUUCUCGGAUACUGCCUCGUGUUUUUGUGGUAUUGAUAACUGUUUUCAAGUACCGAAGUCUACAAGUUUUGGAAUUCAUCCCUAAAUCUCUAGCCCCUAGCUUUAUAUUGGAAUGCUGCUUAAAAUCUAACCUGAAUUUUCUGGCUUGCAUCAAAUUUAUCAUUUUGGUCUGAUACCCUGGUUGAAUGUAAUAACUCAUUUUCAUUUAUAUAGUGUCUCUAAUGAAUUCAUUUUAAUAAGUGAGUUCACAAAUUAUUUCCAGUCAGGCUAAAAAGUUCAGAGGUAGCUUUUGGGUUUUUUUUAUAUAGUCAAGGGAGGUUCAGAGGUACGCUAGUGACAUUAAUAAAGUUGAUGUUUCAAAAUUUGUUUUUUUUUUCUCCCAUUCUCUUAUAAAUGUUUAUGUAUUUCACCAAUAUUUUUAUAACGUCUUGCAAGUUUGCAAUCUUGUAGAUUAAGUAAAUGAAAGUUGGAGAAUUUGGGUUAUUAACAAUUAGCUCAAACCUGAACAAGUUGAGCCUUCCAGAAAAAUUUUGGGAAGAUAGCUUUAUAGUGAAUUUUAUAAAGAAAUUUGAUUAGAAAUGGUUUCCAUUGCGGAUCAGCCAAAGUUAGGGGUCUAAUUUUAAUGUACUCAAUCCAAUAAAGACGUGUUUUAACCAUGAUUGCUCAGGAUGUGAAACUACCUUCUACCUCAUGGAAUAUUUGAAGUAAACAGAAAAUGCUUAAGGAAAAAAAUUGUAAUUGGGUGGGGUCUGUGUGAGAGGAAAUACUACUUCUAGGUUUCUCAUCUAAGCAGGAAACCCUUAUCAGUUUUUUUUUAUAACCUUGAAUGUUCUAAAUUGUAUAGGUCUUCAUUCCCAAGCUGCCGCAAA